UGAGUGUUCCUACUUAGUAGUUAUCGUUGAAGACUUUGAAGGACUUUAUCCGGGGAGGUUGGGAGGAGCAGGUGCACAGCUAACGGAACUCCCAUCCGCUGUCAUUUGCAACUUGUCGGACAGAGGAGCCACAACUCUACGGCUCAGCAUUGAAAGAGGAUGUGUGUAGUAUAACUAAGCUACCUGUAUAGAGACUGACAGGAAAUCCAAGGACAAUAUCUGCUCUGGCUUUCUCUCUCUUGAUAUAAUCCCUAUGUGACAAAUGACAACCUGUAGUGCUGUCUGUCACGUGUCCAACUAUAUCUGAGGGUGGCCCCUCAGCAGUAGGAAGAGGUCCUCUGGAUACAUUUGUCGAUGGAUACCUUGGGAAUGGUGGGCGACGGCUGCCUGUCACCAGACAACUACCAUGACAUGCUGAAGGGAGGGGGGUCUAGCGGAGGAGGCCGGGUCCACAGCAUCGAUGUGAUCUUGGGCUUCAGUAAGGACCAGGACCCUCUGCUGACCCCUGUGGGGGACGUGGGGGCCCAUAAUGUGGCCACUGAAGGCCUGGAGGACCACCAGGAGAAGCAGGUCAAGUCAGACCCUUACGGACAGCUGGCCAGCCUGGGGGACAGCACACAGCACUCUGACUUCCACGAGUCAGGCCUUUUCUCCAGUGAUAAGUGUGAUGGGGACCUGGGGGACCUCCAGAAGGGGUUGGACAGCGACAGGGGGAAGUCACCUGAGCCACCAGAGGAAGACCACCCCAGGAAGAAGCACCGGCGUAACCGCACCACCUUCACCACCUACCAACUCCAUGAGCUGGAGCGGGCCUUUGAGAAGUCCCACUACCCUGACGUCUACAGCAGAGAAGAGCUGGCCAUGAAGGUUAACCUCCCAGAGGUUCGCGUACAGGUAUGGUUCCAGAACCGUCGGGCUAAGUGGAGACGUCAGGAAAAGAUGGACUCCAGCUCCUUGAAGCUCCACGACUCCCCCAUGCUGUCCUUCAACCGGCCGCCCAUGCCCUCCAACAUGGGGCCCAUGUCCAACCCAUUACCCCUGGAUCCCUGGCUGGCCUCGCCCAUGUCCAGUGCCACCCCCAUGCAUACUAUCCCUGGCUACAGGGCCCCAGGGCAGGGCCCUCACCUUCAGCCUGCCUACCCCAGCCACUCCCACAGCUUCCUCAACAGCCCCCCAGUACAUGGUGUGGUGCACCAGGGGAUGGUGCAAGGAAUGCAAGGGAGGCAAAGCAUGCAGUCAAUGGCUCCGCCUCCCUACCAGUGUCACCCUAGCUUCAAUGAUAACUACCCUAUGCAUGAGGAAGUGGAACGUAGCUCCAGCAUCACAGCGCUGAGGAUGAAGGCUAAGGAGCACCUUCAUUCAUUGGAUAAAACCUGGCAGCACAUGUGAUCCAUUGGAGAGGAGAUGGUCUGUAUGAAGGCUGUCAACACGUGAUUGUAAUCACAAAAACAACGACGUUGUGUAUAAAGAUGGUCUCUAUUUUCCUGGAUAUCAAUUGAAUAGGGGGGGCACACAUCCUGAUGGAGAGGAUAUGUGGCACCUUGUCAACUUGUUGAGUGACUUGUGAAAACAGAACUGAUAAAUAAAUUUAUCAUCAAGCUUUGAUGAACGAUUUAUACUCCGGAUUCAAUUGAACUCGCACUAUAGUGGUCUUGCGAUGGCGGGCUGGAUUGUUGACCAAUAUGUCCCCCUAUCAGUGGAAAGGGACAUAUUAGGGCCAGGAGUUUUCCUGACCAUGUGAGCUGACUACAAUAAGAAAUUCUCCUGGCCUAGAUGAGGCAAUAUUAUGACCUGACCAGAGAAAUCUCCUGGCCUAGAUGAGGCCGUAUGACCUGACCAGGGAAAACUCCUGGCCUAGAUGAGGCAGUAUGAGCUGAGGCAGUGACUCCUAAAAUGUUCUCAGAAGACUCAGUCCUGGCAGAUCGAGGUUGAGUUGAGAAAAUCCUCUAUCUUGGGUAAUCUGUCACGCCUGCUAAUUUGGUCGGACAACCGUACCACUUAACACCUAAUUAACAGUUUUUAAAGCGAUUCACCUCGGGUUAACAAUUGAUGGACAGCUGCCCUCAGAGUCUCCUUGAAACCCCUUAGAUCCUAUUCAAGGCCUGAUAGUCAGUCACAUCCUUUCCUCCUUUCCUUUCCUAAUUUCCUUUCCUCACCUUUCCUCCUUCUCUAUUCAUCUCCCACUGUUUUACUGAGAUGCUGCUAGAUUGUUAGUUUCUGCUCAUACACACACCACACUAGGAUUUAUACAUUAGAGUGCCUGACAGACUACUACAUGUGUGGUGGUGUACAGCGUUGGGGUUAACCUCUCUGGCACCAGUGGGACGGUAGCGUCCCACCUCGACAACAGCCAGUGAAAUUGCAGGGCGCCGAAUUCAAAACAACAGAAAUCCCAUAAUUAAAAUUCCUCAGACAUACAAGUAUUUUAUACCAUUUUAAAGAUGAACUUGUUCUAAAUCCAGCCACAGUGUCCGAUUUCAAAAAGGCUUUACGACGAAAGCACACCAAAUGAUUAUGUUAGAUCAGCACAUAGUCACAGAAAAACACAGCCAUUUUUCCAGCCAAAGAGAGGAGUCACAAAAAGCAGAAAUAGAGAUAAAAUGAAUCACUAACCUUUGAUGAUCUUCAUCAGAUGACACUCAUAGGACUUCAUGUUACAUGUAUGUUUUAUUCGAUAAAGUUCAUAUUUAUAUCCAAAAAUCGCAGUUUACAUUGGCGCAUUAUGUUCAGUAGUUCCAAAACAUCUGGUGAUUUUGCAGAGAGCCACAACAAUUUACAGAAAUACUCAUAAUAAACAUUGCUAAAAGAUACAAGUGUUAUGCAUGGAAUUUUAGAUCCACUUCUACUUAAUGCAACCGCUGUGUCAGAUUUAAAAGAAACUUUACGGAAAAAGCACACCAUGCAAUAAUCUGAGUACAGCGCUCAGACACAAAAACAAGCCAUACAGAUAUCCGCCAUGUUGUGGAGUCAACCUUAGUCAGAAAUAGCAUUAUAAAUAUUCACUUACCUUUGAUGAUCUUCAUCAGAAUGCACUCCCAGGAAUUCCAGUUCCACAAUAAAUGUUUGUUUUGUUUGAUAAAGUCCAUCUUUUAUGUCCAAAAACCUCCUUUUUGUUCGCGCAUUAGCCCAGUAAUCCAAAUUCACGAGGCGCGAUCACUAGGUCCAGGCAAAGUCAAAAAGUUCUGUUACAGUCUGUAGAAACAUGUCAAACGAUCAAUAAUGUUCCAACCGGAGAAUUCCUUUGUCUUCACAAAUGCAAUGGAACGCAGGUCGCUCUCACGUGUGAUCAGCUCAUGCCACACUGGCAGACCCCUGACUCAAUCAGCUCUCAUUCCCCCUCCUUCACAGUAGAAGCCUCAAACAAGGUUCUAAAGACUGUUGACAUCUAGUGGAAGCCUUAUAAAGUGCAAUAUGACCCCAUAGACACUGUAUAUUCGAUAGGCAAUGAGUUGAAAAACUACAAACCUCAGAUUUCCCACUUCCUGGUUGAAUUUUUUCUCAGGUUUUUGCCUGCCAUAUGAGUUCUGUUAUACUCACAGACAUCAUUCAAACAGUCUAUCCAAAUCUACUAAUUAUAUGCAUAUUCUAUCUUUUAUAGCUGAGUAGCAGGCAGUUUACUCUGGGCACCUUUUUAUCCAAGCUACUCAAUACUGCCCCCCAGUCCCAAAGAAGUUAAUUCCAUUUCAAUUCAGUCAAAUCCUAAUUUCCCGAAAUUCCAAAGCAUUGAGGAAAAUUUGAAAUGAAAUUUGAGUUUACUUCCUAAAUUCUCAAAAUGCAACCCAACCCUGUGCACUACCACACAUGUGAUAGUCUGUCAUAAAUCCUUCUAACACAUCCUAUUAGUUAGUGCUGCUUCUUGAUGUAUUGUUGACAACAGGGGAGGCAGGCAGUCUCUUCAUCUUAGUGCUGUUCUGUUUUUACAUGGCCUAAAGCGGUCAGCAGUACAAUAACUAAGCGUUUUCCCCGCCUCUGUUUCAGAGGAGUAAUGUAACCACUCUCAAGUUCAUAGACAGAGCUAUGGAUGCAAGUUUUCACCGUGUUUUGAGGCUAUAUAGUGUUUGUUUACAUUGACUUUGUUUACAAACGUUGGAGUAAAACAGUCUUAUAUUUUGGGUUCUGACGAGGUAUGGGAGUUGAACUAAGCUCAUUAGGAAUAAGAGAUAUCUUUUUUUGAAGAAUCAAUGGGUACAUAUCAUUAAUGUAUAAGUCCAAAAAUGGAUGUAGAAACUGCUGAUUGCCCCUUUAAGUGGCAGCAGUUACUAUAGGGCACGGCAAGUACAAGAGGGUGUUCUUUCUAUGCAUUAUGGUUAUUCGGAAAUGAGGGGUCACAUACUGAGUGCGUGCGUGCGUGUGUGUGUGUGUGUGUGUGUGUGUGUGUGUGUGUGUGUGUGUGUGUGUGUGUGUGUGUGUGUGUGUGUGUGUGUAGCCCCAGAAUGAGAGCUGCCUGCCUGUCUGAUGUAACACUUCAGUGGGUUGACUGAUUCAUUGUUCAGGACUAUUGAUUCUCCUCUUGGUCUGAAGCUCCUGGAACCAAAUGGUUAGAGAGGUUUAGAGGCUGGACUAACUAAUGGUCAUUAAAUCCACCAGAACAGGGUUGGGGUCAAUUCAAAUAAUAAUAAAACAAACUUUUAAACGUUUUGAUACACAUACACACAGCUUCUACUUUUCAGUCUAUUGAGAAGUCACUGAAAAUAUAUGCCCUUUGUUCAGUUUACUUCUUGUUUGACUGCCUUCAACCCUGCACCUAAAAUCCUGAGGAAAGCACCUUGCUGUUGAAACAUUGGUUAACUAGUAUUAAAUGUUUUACAUUUUAGCCAUAGAGUGUAGUUGCCUUAUUUUUCUCGUAAAACCCACCAAACCCUGGGCCCUCUUGUGGAGUUACAUCUGGAAAUAUAUCAAAAAUACGGAGAUCAACAUUAUGAUUUUAUAUUUUUUUAAAUAAAACAUUCAUGGGAUACUUCUUGAUACAUUCCUACACACAGAAGUGCAUUUUGUAUUUUUGUGGGUUAUCAUAGUUAGUAAAAGCCAAAGACUUUUUUUUUUUUUUACUGGACCCCCCCCCCCUAAAUCUAUUAAGUAUUUGUAAAACAUUGUCUAAUAUACACUGCGUGUACAAAUCAUUAAGAACACCUUCCUAAUAUUGAGAUGCACACCCACCUACAAGGUGUCGAAAGCGUUCCACAGGGAUGCUGGCCCACGUUGACUCUACAAGGUGUUGAAAGCAUUCCACAGGGAUGCUGGCCCACGUUGACUCCACAAGGUGUUGAAAGCGUUCCAUAGGGAUGCUGGCCCACGUUGACUCCACAAGGUGUUGAAAGCGUUCCACAGGGAUUCUGGCCCACGUUGACUCCAAUGUUUCCCAUUGUUGUCUCAAGUUGGCUGGAUGUCCUUUGGGUGGUGGACCAUUCUUUAUACACACAGGAAACUGUUGAGCGUGAAAAACCCCGCAGCAUUGCAGUCCUUGACACACUCAAACUAGUGCUCCUGGCACCUACUACCAUACCCAUUCAUAGGCAUUUACAGUUGAAGUCGGAAAUUUAAAUACACCUUAGCCAAAUAUUUUUCACAAUUCCUGACAUUUAAUCCGAGUAAAAAUGCCCUGUCUUAGGUCAGUUAGGAUCGCCACUUUAUUUUAAGAAUGUGAAAUGUCAGAAUAAUAAUAGAGAGAAUUAUUUAUUUCAGAUUUGAUUUCUUUCAUCACAUUCCCAGUGGGUCAGAAGUUUACAUACACUCAAAUAGUAUUUGGUAGCAUUGCCUUUAAAUUGUUUAACUUGGGUCAAACAUUUUGGGUAGCCUUCCACAAGCUUCCCACAAUAAGUUGGGUGAAUUAUGGCCCAUUCCUCCUGACAGAGCUGGUGUAACUGAGUCAGGUUUGUAGGCCUCCUUGCUCACACACGCUUUUUCAGUUCUGCCCACAAAUGUUCUAUACGAUUGAGGUCAGGGCUUUGUGAUGAUCACUCCAAUACAACUUUGUUGUCCUUAAGCCAUUUUGCCCCAACUUUGGAAGUAUGCUUGGGGUCAUUGUCCAUUUGGAAGACCCAUUUGCAACCAAGCUUUAACUUCCUGACUGAUGUCUUGAGAUGUUGCUUCAAUAUAUCCACAUCCUCCACCUUCCUCAUGAUGUCAUCUAAUGUGUGAAGUGCACCAGUCCCUCCUGCAGCAAAGCACCCCCACAACAUGAUGCUGCCACCCCCAUGCUUCACGGUUGGGAUGGUGUUCUUCGGCUUGCAAGCCUCCCCCUUUUUCCUCCAAACAUAACGAUGGUCAUUACGGCCAAACAGUUCUAUUUUUGUUUCAUCAGACCAGAGGACAUUUCUCCAAAAAGUAUGAUCUUUGCCCCCAUGUGCAGUUGCCAACCGUAGUCUGGCUUUUUUAUGGCGGUUUUGGAGCAGUGGCUGCUUCCUUGCUGAGCGGCCUUUCAGGUUAUGUCAAUAUAGGAUUCGUUUUUACUGUGGACAUAGAUACUUUUGUACCUGUUUCCUCCAGCAUCUUCACAAGGUCCUUUGCCGUUGUUCUAGGAUUGAUUUGCACUUUUCGCACCAAAGUAUGUUUAUCUCUAGGAGACAGAACGCAUCUCCUUCUUGAGCUGUAUGCGGUCCCAUGGUGUUUAUACAUGCGUACUAUUGUUUGUACAGAUGAACGUGGUACCUUCAGGCAUUUGGAAAUUGCUCCUAAGGAUGAGCCAGACUUGUGGAGGUCUACAUUUCUUUUGGAGGUCUUGGCUGAUUUCUUUUCAUUUUCCCAUGAUGUGAAGCAAAGAGGCACUGUUUGAAGGUAGGCCUUGAAAUACAUCCACAGGUACACCUCCAAUUGACUCAAAUGAUGUCAAUUCACAAAUCAGAAGCUUAGUGUAUGUACUUCUGACCCACUGGAAUUGUGAUUAAGUGAAAUAAUUUUUCUGUAAACAAUUGUUGGAAAAAUGACUUGUGUCAUGCACAAAGUAGAUGUCCUAACCGACUUGCCAAAACUAUAGUUUGUAAACAAGAAAUUUGUGGAGUGGUUGAAAAACGAGUUUUAAUGACCCCGACCUAAGUGUAUGUGAACUUCUGACUUCAACUGUAAAUGUUUUGUCUUGCCCAUUCACCCUUUGAAUGGCACACAUACACAAUCCAUCUCUCAAGGCUUAAAAAUCUUUAACCUGUCUCCUCCCCUUCAUCUACACUGAUUAAAGUGGUUUAAAAAGGUGAUAAGGGAGCAUAGCUUUCACCUGGGUUCACCUGGUCAGUCUAUGUCAUGGAAAGAGCAGGUGUUCUUAAUGUUUUGUAAACUCGGUGUACUGUUCAACUUGAUUCUCUGUUCAGUCAUUUGUAAUGCAUUUUCUGUGCUGUACCUUGAAUUCAUUUAUUUACAUUUUGACAUUAUUUGUGUUGUAUUUAGAUUCAAUGUUCUUUGAUUGUAAUAAAAACACACUAGAAACAGUGUGACAGAAGUU